AUGGCUACCACACUUUCUGCUCGGCAACACGGCUUGCCCACUUUUGACGGAGUCCAUUCUGAAGUCCCCGGAGGGCCCAAACUAAUCACCAACCAUAACGAUGUCCCAGCUCCGAAACCAGCACAAUUUUCAAUAUUAGAAGUACUUGCCCAGCAAUGCGAUAUUACAGAUGAGGCCAUACAAGAUGCGUAUCCGUGCACGCCUUUUCAAACCGUGCGCAUACGCGAGUCAAUUCAGGUCACGGGAUUACGACAUUCUCACAUGGUCUACGCCUUGAAAGACGAGAUUCGAGAGAACAUCGCGCUAUUCAAAAGAUGCUGGGAGCUGGCGUUUAACCGCAAUCCGAUUUUGCGCACGAGAAUCGCGAGUCUCCGCAAUGCCAACUCCAGGGAGACAUUUGUUCAAGUGGUGGUCAAGGACGAGUUUCGUUGGGAGAUUGUAGAUGAUACGAAGGCUUAUCAACGCACAGAGCGUUUCAGCGGCCCUCUACGAACCGGAGUCCCUUUGGUCUAUUUUGCAAUAGACGAGGCUUUGAAUCAUUUCGUACUCACCAUGCACCAUGCUCUUUACGAUGCGUACACAUUGUCUCUUAUCUGGGGCGAUGUCAAAGCUGCUUGGAAUGCAAAGGGCCACAUCGAAUCAGCAGUUGCAAGACCACCAUACAGCAGAUUUAUCGCCUAUCUUCAACGACCUCCAUCAGACGCCGCUUCUAGUCGCUGGUCUCACCCUUAUCGAUCUGCACAAGAUGGUCAAAACCGAGGAUUGACCGAUUGGCCCCACGCAGUACAAGUGACAGGCGGGGUGUUUGAAACGAAACCAUCUCUUCCUGGGUCUAGAAAUGUGCGCCACACUGCAGUGAUAAAAGCCGCGUGGGCUUGCACGCUUAUGGAGGCUUUCAAAACAAGUGACAUAGUCUUUCCAGAUUACUUCACUGGACGGUGUUGUUCUGUGCCCGGAAUUUUGGACAUUGCUGGUCCAACUAUUUGCGCUUUUCCUUUUCGAGUUCAAAGCAGAUCAGACAUGACAUUGGCUCAUAUGCUUGAAAAUGUCCAGAGAGAAGUCACAGACAUUCUCAAGAAAGAACAUUGGGGCUUGCUCAGCCCAAACGCGCGAGCAUACACCGAAACGAAUGGUCAAUAUGCCUUGAACGUCAUCAAUGUGUUUCAGGACUCUGGUGACAAACAGGACAACAUGUGGUUAAAUGGGCUAGAGCCGGUCGCAGGCGAAUUCCCAUUCCGGGGCGGUUGGGACUGCCUCGUGCGUGUCAUCAUGCAGAAACGCCAAAUGAUAUGGACUUUCUUUGCAGACGAAGCCCGCCUCGGACGGGAGGUCAGCGAAUACAUUAGUGUGAGGUUUCCAGAGUUGUUAGAGGUUUUCUCGGAUCCAGAGAACCAUGAGCGGAACAUGAAAGAUUUGAUCGGUAUUUGA